UCUUGCACCGGUGUGCAACAUUCACCCCUCCCCCAUCGUGUGCAGCCCCUGUUUCUCCCCCUCCCCAUGCCCACACCACCAAACCCCUUCUCUUUCCCUCACGCACCACCAACAUAACUCAUCCACCACCUUCUCAAACACCAUCAGUCCACCUUCUCAUGACACAAUGCCCAUUGAAAUUGAAAUUUACGUACCACCAAAAAAAACCCUCCCCCACCUCUUCUUAAAUUUGAUGUUAUUACAAAAACUAUUUAUAACUUUUAAUUACAAUAAAUUACCCUUCAAUGGGGUUUUAGGAUUUGUUCUUGUUUUAGGGUUUAUUUAAGGGAUUUUUGUGUUCAACUUUAGAGACUUUGGUGAAUUUAUUUGGAAUUCUUGGUCUGAAUUUGACCAAUUCGAAUGCCAUUGUUCCUUUAGUGGUAGCAUUCAAAUUAGGCUACGUGGUGUAAUUAAUAUUCAAUCUGGAAGCCUUAAUUUCAUACUUGAAUUCAAGUUGCGAGCCUCAACUACUAAUGAACUCAAACGGCAAAGAGAUUGCCACUGUUACAUCAACAAUGGUUAAUACGAUUGCUCCUGCUUCAUCAGAGUAAGAUGCUCAAUCGACCCUCAAUCAAGGUUUGUAGUUGUUAAAUCAAGACUAAUCUUAAUCAUCCAUAAGCAUUGAAGAAAAUGGCAUCAUUUCGCGUCACUAUAGUAUGUUUUUGGAAUGGUUGUAUUAGAGAAAAUAAUGGCAAAGUUCAUUAUGUUGGGGGAAGACGUAAGUUGUUUGCUUGCAAUUCGAACAUGGAUUUAAAUCACUUUAGACGUUUUAUAUCUUCUAAGAUUGGAUGCGAUGUGGGAGCAUUCAAAGUACACCCAAAUUCCCUCUUUGGAGUUAUACGUAGAAGAAGUACCAUUAGAGAAUGUAGUUGCUUCUAAUCCUACUCCUACCCCUAUGCCUAUAGUAACUCAGGAAACUGUAAAUCCCGUCGUUUCUUCCGCAUCUUGUAUUUUUUCUCAACCCCCUACGAAUCAAGUUCCAAUUGAUUCAAUGGUUAACUUAGGAGAAAUUGCUGAGAUGGGACCUUGGGAUGAUGGAAAUGAGAGUAAUGAGCUUAUUGAUGAUCCUUCUGAUGACGAUGUGGAUGUCGAUGAGGAUGCGCUAGCAAAUGACAUGACUCUAGGCAAUAACAUUACUUGACGACCGUGGGAGCGCAUCGCCGAGUAUAGCUGGGGCUCCGCAGCCCUAGGAUACUUGUACAGGAGGCUUUGUGGUGCUGCCCAUAAGAACGUCAAAGAGAUUGCAGGACCACUAGUCAUAUUACAGCUGUGGGCGUGGGAGCAUAUUCUUAUCGGCCAACCUUACAGAACCGUUGGUCGUGGUGAUACUGCUCCUCCACCACAACCAGCCCCAAAUGUUGCGUACGGUUCGAGGUGGAAUUUUGCCCGCCGGACGCGCAAGCACACCGACAGCGGUCUUGGAUUCUACCGAGAUCAAUUAGACCUGCUACGACCCAACCAGUUUUUGUGGGACCCAUACCCAGCGGAAGCCUACGCAGCUGUACCCGAACACUCGGGGAUUCAUUCCAGGGCGUAGAGGGCUUCUGUGCCACUCAUAUGCUUCGACAUUGUCGAAGUACAUCUACCAGAGCGCGUAAUGCGCCAAUAUGGGUUGGUACAGGGCAUUCCACCGCUUUGUGACACUGAACCCCAGCUGCAUCUAAUUUCGCGAAGAAAUCAAGCUGGGGCAAACUGGAUGGAGAUCAACGGGCGCCACAUCGCUCGUUGGGAUCAUAGACUUGAGCUGCUGGCACAAGGUGCGUCGAUCGAUGUUGUCGGCGCACCUACUACACCUGACUAUAUGCCAUGGUUCCUCUCCAUCACGCGCCGAUGGAUGACACCACGUGCCAUCUUGGAAGCAGCACAUUACGCACCUGCUGCGCCUACAAUGACCCAAUUUGCACAAGGUGCGGCAAACGUGAUGCGGUACAGCCAGGAGGAGCCGGUGAGGGAGAUUGCGCAUGGCAUGCUCUUCGGCUCGCAGUUCCAGCACUUCAAACCGGAAGUCGCUCCACAGCACUCACCGACUACCUCCCAUACGCACAUGGCAUGCUCUCCUUCUUAUGACUACCAUUUGGAGGAGAUGGAUCAUUCAUAUCCCGUUGAUGCUGCGGGGACCUCGCAGGCUGGGCCAUCACAGCCAUCACAGUACCAGUCCCCUCCACUGCCAGAGCGUCACGCGAACGCCUCUUUUUAUCGUAGGAGGCGAAGGAGACCAACUCAGUUGGAUAGGGUAGAUGAGGGUUCGUGAGCGUUAACGAUUACCUUUUGUGUAUUUGG